GGGGCGCGGGCGGACGGGGUGUACCUGGUGUCCCCCGGGGGGGGGAGCGGCCCCCCCGUGCCCGUCUACUGCGACAUGAGCACCGAGGGGCACGUCUGGACGCCAAACUGGGGCCUGAACUGGGACGAGUUUGAAACCGGCCUGCAGUCCCUGGCCCUGCUGACCCUCCAGGCCCGUUACGAGCUGCGGGUGGAGCUCGAGGACUUCGAGAACAACUCGGCCGCGGCCACCUACGGCUCCUUCGCGUUGUCCCCCACCGCGGUCAGCGCCGAGGAGGACGGCUACGCCCUGCACGUGGCCGGCUUCGUGGACGGAGGAGCCGGCGACUCCCUGAGCUACCACAACGGCCAGAAGUUCUCCACCUUCGACCGCGACCAGGACCUCUUCGCCCAGAACUGCGCCGCCCUCUCCUCGGGGGCCUGGUGGUUCCGCAGCUGCCACUUCUCCAACCUCAACGGCUUCUACCUGGCCGGGCCUCACCUGUCCUACGCCAACGGCAUCAACUGGGCCCAGUGGAAAGGUUUCUACUACUCCCUCAAGCGCAGCGAGAUGAAGAUCCGGCGCCUCUGAAGGUCACGUCCACCCCUCCCCCACCAUCUUCUCCUCCUCCUCAUCCUCCUCUUCCUCAC